AGCCUUUAUCUAGUACAGUUCAGGAGCCUAGCUACAAAGCCUUCGGCUGGAGGAUCCACAGGGCCACACGGGCCUUGCUCAGCUUCCCUCUUGUCCACGGAGGUCUCUGCUUCCUUGGCAAUUCAUCCCACACUGGCUGUGGUGGCUGCCUGGAUCCUGCCCUGCCCUGGUCUCUUCUCCUCAGAGCAUCUCUAGUCCUUCCCUUCCUGCCCCAUCCCAGCUGAGAAGAGGACCUAUGGCCUGGGAGGCCACAUGCCUGCUAUCCCCCAUCCUGCUGGUGCUCCUGGCCUCAGGUGCUCAGCGGUCAAAAUUCUCCAUCAGGGACUAUCCUGAUUCUCAAUUCUUCAAUGUCACCAUGACUGCACUCACGGUGAGAGACUCGGGUCUCUAUAUCUGUGGGAUCGCUGAAAAUCUCAAAAGAAUUUCUAUUCUCAGAAACAUCCACCUGGAGGUGUCGAAAGAUUCUUCAGGUCUGCCCACCCUAAGCAUCACUCCUACUACAAUCCCAACUAAAGCUCCCAUCCUUAUUACCACAAAACACGUGCCAAGAGACAGAACUGUGACCCAACCCUUCCCCAAGUUCACAGCUGGUGUCUCUUCUCCUGACCCUGGAGUCACCUUCCCAAAUGUGACAACUGUUACCAGGGUCUCCAUAUCCAGCGUCGUUGUUCCCGUGGUCUGUGGACUCUUCGUUAAGACCCUGGUCUUCACAGUGUUGUUUGCUGUCACACAGAGGUCAUUUGGGUGACAGACCAUGAAACCACACAACAAUGACCUCUGACUUUUAGCCAUGUCUGUCUCACGGGGACGAGCUGGGGAUGGGGGCUAAGGAGGGACUGUGACAUGAAUUGAGCCUGUAAUCAUGGGUGACAUCUAAGGCUCAGGAUGUCCCCUGCUGGCCAUGCCCGCCCUCCUCAUUCCCUCCAUCAUCUUGGGUAUGUGCUCUGUACCCUCAGAAGAGGGGAAACAGUGCCCAGCACCCACCGGCCAUUCCGCCUGAAUAGAUGAGCUGGCCUGAAAUAAAGCCAGAGCCCAGUGCU